GGUUUGGCUCAGUAUUUAAACCUGUGCCGCUGGGACCCCCGGGGUUUCUGCCAUGACGAUAAGUAGAAUGGAGAAAGUUGAGGUGUUCACGUCCGAAAGCAAAGGCAGGGGAUUGAAGGCCACCAGCGAGUUCUGGGCUGCGGACCUCAUCUUCUCCGAGAGAGCUUAUUCUGCCGUGGUCUUCGACAGCCUCACCCACCUCGUGUGCCACACCUGCUUUAAGAGGCAGGAGAAGCUCCAGCGUUGCGGUCAGUGUAAGUUCGCCCACUACUGCGACCGGACCUGUCAGAAAGAUGCCUGGCUGAACCACAAGAACGAAUGCUCGGCCAUCAAGAAGCACGGAAAGGCUCCCAAUGAGAACAUCCGGCUGGCGGCCCGGAUCAUGUGGCGGAUAGAGAGAGAAGGCACGGGCCUCACGGAGGGCUGCCUGGUCUCCAUCGACGACCUGCAGAACCACGUGGACAACUUUGGCGAAGAGGAGCAGAAGGAGCUGCGCGUGGAUGUGGAGAGCUUUCUGCAUUUCUGGCCUCCUCAGAGUCAGCAGUUUAGCAUGCAGUACAUCUCGCACAUCUUCGGCGUGAUUAACUGCAAUGGCUUCACCCUCAGUGACCAGAGAGGUCUGCAGGCCGUCGGGGUGGGCGUCUUUCCCAACCUCUGCCUGGUGAACCACAAUUGCUGGCCCAACUGCACCGUCAUAUUCAACAAUGGCAAUCAUGAGGCUGUGAAAUCAAUGUUUCACACGCAAAUGAGGAUCGAGCUGCGGGCCCUUGGGAAGAUCUCCGAAGGGGAGGAGCUGACCGUGUCCUACAUCGACUUUCUCAAUGUCAGCGCAGACAGGAAGAAGCUCCUGAAGAAGCAGUACUACUUCGACUGCACGUGUGAGCACUGCGAGAAAGGGAUCAAAGACGACCUCUUCCUAGGGGUGAAAAAUGAGCCCAAGCCAUCCCAGGAUGUUGUGAAGGAGGUCUUCCAGUUCUCCAAAGACACCUUGGAGAAGAUCAAUAAGGCUCGUUCCGAAGGGAUGUACCAUGAGGUGGUUAAGCUUUGCCGAGAGUGUCUGCAGAAGCAGGAGCCGGUGCUGGCCGACACCAACAUCUACUUGCUGCGGAUACUCAGCAUUGCCUCCGAAGUGCUCUCCUACCUGCAGAGCUUCGAGGAGGCCUCAGACUAUGCCAAGAAGAUGGUCGACGGCUACCUGAAGCUCUAUCAUCCCAAUAAUGCCCAGCUGGGCAUGGCGGUGAUGCGGGCAGGGGUGACCCACUGGCACGCUGGCCUCAUUGAGGUGGGGCACGGGAUGAUCUGCAAGGCCUACGCCAUUCUCCUGGUGACCCACGGACCCACCCACCCCAUCACCAAGGACCUCGAGGCCAUGCGCGUCCAGUCGGAGAUGGAGCUCCGCAUGUUCCGGCAGAAUGAGUUUAUGUACCACAAGAUGCGCGAAGCCGCCCUGACCAAUCAGAAGAUGCAGGUCAUGGCCGAACCCAACAGCGAUGCAGCCCCGACCAUGUUCCACAAGAAGCAGUGAAGGGCCCGUCCUCUGUGGGGAAACGAGGCAGCCAGUAGUGUUCCCCAAGAGGGAGGGGAUGGGGCAGGGAAGAAGAAGAAGGGCAGAGCUCGUCUGUGUUGCCUUGAGGAUGCCGCGUGUUUGUGUCCCUUGGACUCCUGGGUUACCGAUGGAUCACCAAUACAAUUGUCUUUUGGGGA